AUGCUAAAUAAAACUACCAAGAACCUUGGAAACUCAGAUUAUUCGGAUGCCAACUUCCAUACAGAAAUGCUGAAUCGUGUGAGAUUCAAUAAGAAAGGGCAGAAGAGUGAGCUACCUGCUAUACAGAAUCUAGGAAGUAGGAAGAAACCUGACCAUUCUAACAGUAUGAAUGAUCUAACUGGAUUAAUCACUAGUUCUCAGCUUAAUAAGAAGAGAGGGUUGCAUGAGGAGGGUUACAAUAAGAGUGCUUCUAAUUCGAGGCUGUUGGACAAUAGGCAAGAUAACAGCUUUGAUGUUAACCAUAAGCAUGCUCAGAGUUGAGUGAGGCAUACUAACAGUCCUAUUCGUGAUCCUUUCAGUAAUGAAUACACUGAGCUAAGGUUUGUUAAGAACAAAAGAAAUAUUAGAAUGUCUGAUUUCCUUAAGAAACCGGCAAUCGAUUUUAUGUACAAAAGGAAAUAUAGAAAAUAAUAAUAAGAUCAGAACAUCCUUCUCAACUAGAAAAGUUAGAGAUCAGGAUAACUCUUUUGGAAAUCUGUCUAUCAAAGGGACUGAUGUAGUCUAUAGUUUCAGGAAGGAUAGUCCUAAGAAGAGAAAUAAUAGGGAAAAGCAUCAAUCUCUCCAGAAUGAACAAGAUAUCUCAGAUUUCAACAGUUCUCAUCAAAAUAGAGAAACUAGAAAUAUUUCUCAUCAAGAGUUUAACUCUGAAGCUAUUAAGCCGGUUACUUUCAAGAUUGAAGGAGAUAAUACAAGAAAUUUGACACAGUUGAAGAACUAUAGUAAGAAAAUAUUCAUCACUAAACUGUUGAAUAAAUCCGCAUACAAGAGAUCAAGAGGGCUUAACAAAAAGCACUAUUACGUGAAGGGUACAAAGAUCCACAGCUUGCUUAAAAACCAGAAAUUAUGCCUGUAUGCUUCAAAGCUCAGCCACUACGUGCACCAAAAGAUCCUCUUAGACUCGUAAGUUUCUU